UAAAACCCUAACAUAAGCCCUAAUUCUUGUGGGGGAAGUUUGAGCAAAAUUCUCAGAAGGGGAAGUGAUGGCAGAAGCAACGCAAUCGGUCGAUGUUAAGAAUAUCGGUAGGAAACGGAAAUCUGGGAAAAAGAAGGGGAUAAUGGCGAAGAAAAGGCAAAGAAUGCAUCAAGGUGGUGAAAAGAAGGUCAAAAUUAAUCCGAAAACGAGGAAAUUGUAUCAGAAAAGGGCUAGGGACUACAAUUCCGAUGAUACAGAAGAAGAUGAAGAGCCCCAGCAAGCUCCAAGUGCAGUUGCAGUUGACGAAUCCAAGCAAAUUGGUGAUGGAUUUGACGAGGACGGUGAUGAAGAGGAUGAAGGGUUUGAGGGAGAGGAGGAAGAAGUUUCGGAAGACGAAAGCAGUAAAAUUCAGCCAGGGAUUGUGAGGUUUUCCGAGGGGAUUAAGGCUUUUAAGUCGGCAUUUAAGAAGAUUGUUAAGAAGAGUGGUGGAGAUGAGGACGUGUUGGGCCCUGUGUUAUCUGCUAAUAAGAAGCUGAUAGCUGAGAAGCUUGCUGAAGAGGAUUUAGAAAAGAAAGUGAAGGGGGAGGCGAAGAAGGAGAGACACAUAGUAAUAGAUUUUUCGAUCUUUGUGAUUUUUGUAUUCUUGAUUUAUAUCUUCCAUAUAAGUGAGAAGGGGCAUGUGAAGCCUGCAGACUAUUUGGAUGCUCAUGAGAAACUUCUGUUGGGAGUGGCAACAAAAGGAGUGGUGAAGUUGUUCAAUGCUGUAAACAAGGCCCAAAAUGCUCAGAAAGGUUUAAAUCCUUUAAGAACAAAGGACGAGAAAGUAAUAAAACAACGAAGGAAGGAAGCCUUCUUCACGGAGUUGGGCAGGACAUCGACCCAAGCAGCAGCGACAGUUAUCAAGGUUGGCUCUUCAAGUGGCCCUGGGGCCGUUGAAGCUCCUGCAUGGGCCCCUCUGCGUGACAAUUAUAUGCUGACAAACCCCAAGUUGAAAGAUUGGGAUAAGAUGCAGGAUGCCAAUGCUGCAGAUGACUUUGGCCGGACAUCAGAUGUUGAUUCUUCAUCAGACGACAGUGAUGCAUAAGGUUAGAAUAUUAAUCUAUGGUGAACUGCUCAAGUUGGAAGAAGCUGUGUGGUGCGCACUGUCUUGACUUGUUAGACGAUCUACUUUGAACACUUUCCCGAGUAAAGAAAUUGAUGAUCCCGAGCUGGUUUAGGGGGAAGAAAAUUGGCAGGACACUUCAAUGUUCUAUGUUGUAGGUCAUUCCAUGUUACAUAAAAUUAUUGAUUGUGUGGUGUGUAUGGCAUCUCCAGAAAUUUAGUUUUGAUAUUGUAACAAGCAAUGUUUUCUGGGUUUUCCUGAUUAGUAUGAAGGAUACAGAGAUUUAUUUAACAUUA